AUGUGUGAAACGAGAUGGGUAUUAAGACACGAUGCUAUUAAUCGAUUUAAAGAAAUGUACAUUCCAAUAAUUCAUGCGUUAGAAGAUCUCCAAAAUUCAAUCAAUACCGAAACUUCCAAUAAAGCUUAUCAACUCCUUUCGGUAAUAUUGAAUGGCCAAUUUUUUAUUACUUUAAGCAUAAUAGAAAAAGUAUUUGCUUAUACGUUACCAUUAUGUUAUCACUUACAGACUGUGAAUUCCGAUUUAACUGCUGCAUGUGAUCAUGUUCAAAAUAUAAUUGAUGCUCUUAGUAAUCUUCGUGAAAAUAGUGAUUCCAGUUUUAAAUCAAUAUAUGAUACAUGUAAUCAAAUACUUAUUGAUGUAGGUAGCGAAGUGACAAUUCCUCGCUGCGUAAAAAAACAAAUAAACCGGGAUAAUACUCCCUCACAAUCACCUGAAGAGUAUUACAGACGCACAAUAUUUAAUUCAUUUUUAGACCAUACUAUUGUUCAUUUAGCAGACCGUUUUAUAAAACAUAAAGAAAUAAAAUAUAAAACCAAAGUCAAACCCUCAAAAUAA